CUCAUUGGGUGUCGGAUGUCUAGAGAAGCCAAUCAGCGUCGCCGCGGUCUCAGUUCUACAGUCCCCACGCGCCCAUCCGGGAUCAGAGUCUCCUCAGACGCCAAGAUGCGGGUCAUGGCGCCCCGAACCCUCCUUCUGCUGCUCUCGGGGGCCCUGGCCCUGACCGAGACCUGGGCCGGCUCGCACUCCUUGAGGUAUUUCGGCACCGCCGUGUCCCGGCCCGGCCGCGGGGAGCCCCGCUUCAUCUCCGUGGGCUACGUGGACGACACGCAGUUCGUGCGGUUCGACAGCGACGCCGCGAGUCCGAGGACGGAGCCGCGGGCGCCGUGGGUGGAGCAGGAGGGUCCAGAGUAUUGGGAAGAGGAGACACGGAGAGCCAAGGCCCGCGCACAGGCUGACCGAGCAGACCUGGGGACCGCGCUCCGCUACUACAACCAGAGCGAGGCCGGGUCUCACACCAUCCAGUGGAUGGCUGGCUGCGACCUGGGACCCAACGGGCGCCUCCUCCGCGGGUAUCACCAGUCCGCCUACGAUGGCAAGGAUUACAUCGCCCUGAACAGGGACCUGCGCUCCUGGACCGCCGCGGACAUGGCGGCUCAGAACACCCAGCGCAAGUGGGAGGCGACCCGUUAUGCGGAGCGGUUCAGAGCCUACCUGGAGGGGCCGUGCUUGGAGUGGCUCCGCAGAUACUUGGAGAACGGCAAGGAGACGCUGCAGCACGCGGAUCCCCCAGAGACACACGUGACCCACCACCCCAUCUCUGACCAUGAGGCCACCCUGAGGUGCUGGGCCCUGGGCUUCUACCCUGCGGAGAUCACACUGACCUGGCAGCGGGAUGGGGAGGACCAAACUCAGGACAUAGAGUUUGUGGAGACCAGGCCAGCAGGAGAUGGAACCUUCCAGAAGUGGGGAGCUGUGGUGGUGCCUUCUGGAGAAGAGCAGAGAUACACGUGCCAUGUGCAGCACGAG